AUGAUAGGACAUAAGAAACAGAAGGAAGAAGAUAUUGCCAUCUGUGAAUGCAAGUUUAAUGUCAAUGAUCCUGACAGUGCAUGCGGGGAAAGGUGCCUGAAUGUAUUAACAAGCACAGAGUGUACACCGGGAUAUUGCCCAUGUGGAUUCUAUUGCAAGAAUCAGAGAUUUCAGAAGUGUGAGUAUGCCAAAACAAAGUUGUUUAAAACCGAAGGCCGUGGGUGGGGUCUUCUCGCUGAUGAGGAGAUAAAGGCAGGACAGUUUAUUAUUGAGUACUGUGGAGAGGUAAUAUCCUGGAGAGAAGCAAAGAAAAGGUCCCAAAUUUAUGAAAAUCAAGGACUCAAAGAUGCAUUUAUCAUUUCCCUCAAUUCUUGUGAGUCUAUUGAUGCCACUAAAAAGGGAAGCCUUGCAAGGUUUAUAAAUCAUUCAUGCCAACCAAAUUGUGAGACACGAAAAUGGACUGUUUUGGGGGAAAUAAGGGUUGGAAUAUUCGCAAAGCAAAUUAUUUCUGUUGGAACUGAACUGGCAUAUGAUUAUAAUUUUGAAUGGUAUGGUGGUACCAAAGUUCGAUGCCUCUGUCGUGCAGUCAGCUGUUCUGGGUUUCUUGGGGCAAAAUCUCGUGGUUUCCAGGAGGAUACUUAUGUGUGGGAAGAUGAUGAUGACAGGUACUCUGUUGAAAAAAUUCCAUUAUAUGAUUCUGCAGAAGAUGAUCAACCUUCUUCCAAGUUCCUCAAAAUUGCUAACUCUGAUUCUGAAUACGAUAUUGGUGGGAAAUUUGAAUAUUCCACUAUGAUGAAUUUUGAUGUGGGAUCUGAACAACCCUUGGAAUCCACUGUUCUUAGUGUUCAACCACUUGAUUCAUUUCCGAUGGAGGUUGUGGUUAUGAAUUCAGUAAAAGCUGAAGCUAAUGAAGAGAUGACAUUAUAUUCCCAAGAUACUCCACAAUCAUUUGCACCAAAGAAUGCAAUGAUAUCUCGCAUCCGAAGUAAUAGUGCAUGCCGGAAUUAUCACAUUGGAUCAGUGCCUGUGCCGAAGAAAGGUUCAAAACAAUAUUCUACUGGAAAGUUGAAACAUUUGACGCAAAAGCAAGUUGAUGCAAAGCAUGUCACUAAACUCUUAGCAGUAAAAGAAGCUCAAGAGGAAGUGCUCACUUAUGAGGAAAUGAAGAAAGAUGCAACUUCCGAACUUUCCUCGUUGUACAAUGAAAUAAGACCCGUGAUUGAAGAGCAUGAGAGGGAUAGCCAAGACAGUGUUCCUACCACUGUUGCUGAGAAGUGGAUACAGGUAUGUUGUACGAAAUUGAAGGCAGAAUUUGACCUUUAUUCCUCCAUUAUCAAGAAUAUUGCUUGCACUCCACAAAAGACACUUGAACAAGCACGACCUUCUGAAGAACCCGGUAAUGAUACCGAAGUGAAGUAUAUAGGAUAUUGA